AUUUGAUUCUCCUCAACGGCACCCGCGAAUCCAAGCCCCCAAUCCAGUCGAUGCACGGAAAUUCAAGUUUUUUUCUUUCUUUUGGCUAAUUUGAUAUUCAAACAAUCAAACCACAUACACCCAAAUUCCCCGCCACCAUGCCCGACGACUCCCUCCCCAUCUCCACCAACACGACGCCCGCCGCCGCCGUUGCCCCCACCACCACUGUCGCUCCGGGUUCAUUAACUCUAACUACUGCUGCAGCCACUACCACUGCCGCUGUUAUUGCUCGUCCGCUUGCGAAUCAAGCUCCGUCGAGACCCAUUUCUUCAAUUCCUCAAACCCACCAUCUCCACUACCCUCCUCAAGCCCUCUACGCGGCGCAGCGCAUCCCUAUUCGAACUCCUAACCACCAAUUGCCGAAGAUUCAGCAAGAUGCAUCUCAGGCAAUUCUUUACCCUGUUGCUUCCUCCGGCCGCGGCUUCGUUCCUCGCCCCAUUCGACCUCUUCCCGCCGAUCAGGCGGUCACGGUAGCCAACCCUGGCGGCUACCCACAUCGCCCCGUCGUCACUUUCCCGCAUCGGCCGAUUGGGUCGCCUCAUUUGGACUCCAUGAGCCAUCCAAUGCACUUGGCGCGACCUCCCAAUUUGCCGCAGCAGUUGAUUUCCCUUUCUGGGUCCGCCAUUUCGGGCUCGAUUAAGGGUGCCCCCAAUUCCUCUGAUCCAAAGGUUUUUCCUCCAUCAACAAUCUGCGAGUCAAAUGGAUGUAAAGAAAUGAGAGUCAGAGAUGAUGCUCUUGCUGUGAUUAGAGAUCGAAAAGUCCGAAUAACUGAUGGGGCUUCUCUUUAUGCACUUUGUCGAUCAUGGUUGAGGAAUGGCUCUCAUGAAGAAUGCCAGCCACAAUAUGGGAACUUUUUGAGGCCUCUUCCAAGACCUUUGCCCAUACCCGUGGCUGGUGCUGUUUCAUCGCAGAAGAAGGAAGUCGUCGGAGACGAAGUUGACGAGGAAGAUAAGGAUGAGGGAUCCAUUGAGCAGUUGUCAUCGCAAGAUCUAUUAAAACGGCAUGUUAAACGAGCAAAGAAAGUCCGAUCACGAUUGAGGGAAGAACGGUUGCAUCGAAUUGAAAGAUACAAAACCCGGCUCGCUCUUCUCCUUCCUCCGCCAGUCGAGCAGUUGAGAACUGAUAAUAUUACUGGAAGCUGAGUGGUUCAUCCCAAAAAACUUACCCGAUAAACAUUCAAUGGAAGCGCGGGGAGGAUUACAUGUAGGUAAGCAUAGGAAGGUAUUUGAUAUAGUUAGGUGAUUCUUGUUCUGUCUUGGCAGCAGUUUGUAUCAUGGUGCUUUCUAUCAAGUUUUAAAAAAAGAAGACACAAUGAGUAGGGCCAUGUGAAUAGUGAAUAAUUGUUCCUUACACUCUUGUGUGUGUGCGCGCGCGCUUUGACAAAUACCAUUAGUAUCCAUUGAUGAUGAUGAUGAUACCUACA